UCUCAUUUUGGCACACGUAACAGUUGCCCGUAACAGCAGAGGCAGGAAAAAUUCCAACACAUUUCGUAGUUGCGUACUUUCGAAUAUUCGUCAUACGAGCGCACCGAGGAGCUGUAGCCGAGCUUUGGAAAAUUUUUCGCAGUUGGCUAAAAAUUACCUGUCAAAUUUCGCAAUUUGAGCUCUAAAUAAACUACAAAAAAAAAGGCAGCGGAAAAGCAUACAAACGUAUACUACUAGCGAGUCAUCGUGUAAAAGACAGGCGUACAAUAACAACAGCAACAGCAGUCAGCAAUCAGCGCGUAGUCUCUAUCGCUUUCGAAGUUCGAAUGCAUAAAGCUUGUUAAACGAAAACAACCCCCGAAAGCCAACACCAACACAUACACACACACACGGCACGUAGUCGAUAACUAAAACAACAGCGUAACAGCGCCCGUCACCCACACACCCCCUACCGUUGCCGUCACGUAUCCGUGAGUGCCGCAAUCGCCUGCCGUCAGUACUAGGGUACCUACAUAAGUGGCAGCAAUUUCGUAGACAAAGGCAUUUGCGGUCUAUCUACAAACACCUUGCCGCACCCUAUCGCCCACUCAACACACAGCACAGCACAGCAGCCGAAAUCAGUAGCAACAGCAGCAGCGCCAGCAACUGAUAUUCCAUUUCUCUCAGUGCCCAGUGCUCAGUGCUUUUAGUCCAGCAGUCGCAGCGCAAAGUAUCGAAACAGCGCAAGGAACAUCUAAUCGGUUUUAUUUAAAACUACACUACAAAAAUGGGCAAGAAAGAUAAAAAGAAGGAAGAGGCGGAACCAGCACCAGCAGCCGAUGCACCACCAGCUGAGGGUGCCGCAGGUGAGGGCGGUGAUGGCGAGAUUGUCGGUGGACCGCGCAAUCCUCAACAGAUUGCAGCACAAAAACGGUUACAGCAGACGCAGGCACAAGUCGAUGAGGUCGUCGAUAUUAUGCGAACAAAUGUGGAGAAGGUGCUUGAGAGAGAUCAAAAGCUAUCGGAAUUGGACGAUCGAGCUGAUGCCUUACAACAGGGUGCUUCGCAAUUUGAGCAGCAAGCUGGUAAACUAAAACGAAAAUUCUGGUUGCAAAACUUGAAGAUGAUGAUUAUUAUGGGCGUCAUUGGACUGGUCGUUGUGGGCAUUAUUGCAAAUAAACUAGGAUUAAUAGGCGGUGAAACACAGCCACAGUAUCCACAGUAUCCACAAUACAUGCCACCACCACCACCACAGCAGCAGGCACAAGCGCCAGCCGGUGGCACUUCAUCAUUGGUUGACGGCGGCAGUGCUGGCAACAAAGAGCAACACGGUGCAGUAUAAAGCUUUUCUUCAAGUGUAUUCAGUUAAAGUGUGAGAACAGUGGAGCAAAAUGAAACAACUACAAACAAAACAAAUACAGAAAAAAAACAUGAAAAAUAUACUUCAAAUCAUUAGAAAAAAUAUUUAAAAGAAUUACAAGAAAAUUUAAUGAAUGUCAGAACAACAAUUGAACAAUUGAGGUAAUUGCAGUAAGCGCAAAGAAUUGUUAGCAAGACGAACACAUGACCUCAAUAAAAGAAGAAACAAUUAAAUAUGUGGACCGAGGAGUUUUUUGAUGCUCCUUUUGACGUUUUUUUUCGGCAAAUUAUUUGGUCAGCGGCGUUGUUAUGCUGGAGAGAAAUUUGUUUUUAAUUUUUUUUUGUGGUUUUUUUAAUAUUUUUUUUUUUCAAACGCAAGCUCAAGCUCAAGUGGUGUUGUUUAAUUGAUUUUUUUUAUUUUCAUUUAUUUAUACACUCUCCCUCUCUUUCGUUUGCUCCAGCGGUACACGCCAGCUGUUAACUGUCAAGUAUUUGCCGCCACAAUUGCUAAUACUCCUGUGCAGCAAACUAGCAUACUCCUGCAGUGUGGUACAGUACAGAAUUGCAUAAAUUCGUAUGUUUUCGGCAAUAAUUUUCAAUAUAUCUAUACCAGAGAUAAUGAUGAAACUCAUACAUACAAAAUUACUUACUACUUUAACUUUAUUAUAACAUUUCAACAAUGCGUAAAGAAAAUAAUUACAAUUAAUAUUUGAAAUAUUGACAUUUACUGCAUAUUUGUUUAUGGUUGCAUUAUUUAUGAUAAUAAAAUUGCGUAAGCAACAAAAACAACAGAAAUACAAAAUGUGAAAAAACCAAAGAGCAACGGGCAUACAAACCAAAUGUUGAAACUACAAAAACAAAACUACUUGUAUUAUUAAUGAAAACAAACAAAAAAUAAUAACAAAUUAAAGAGAAAAACUAAAAAAAAUAAUGACAAACAAUAUGCUGGAGAAAAUACACAGAGAACAGAUAAAACAUAAAUCAUACAACUAAUGUGACGUGAAAAUAAAUAAAUUUAGUGGAUUUAUGGAUUUUUUAUAUUUAUGUUUUAUGUUCUCAAAAUAUAAAAAAUCUGUAUGUAUGUACUUUGCAAAGCAUAACAAAUUUGAUUUAAUAUUUGUUAUACAUAUAUGUAUAUUUAUUUAAUUUGUUACAACCACUUUUAUUUGAAACAAUUACUUUGCUUAGCGAAAAUGUAUUUAAGUAGACAAACAAAAAAAUAAAUAUAAGCAAGUUAAUGUUAAUGAAAAAAAAACUUAUAUGAGGCACAUGUAUGGGAAUGUUAAAUUUGUAUUAGAAAAAAUCGUGUUUUUGCUUGAAAUGGCGUGCAUAACUACAUAUAUAUAUAUAUAAAUAUAAAUAUACUACAUAAAUAUAUAUAUAUAAAACUAAUCAGUGCGUACGCCUAAUUAAUUGAAUAAUUAAAUAAUUAAAUGCCAAAACUACAAACCAAAAUUGAACAGAAACAAUAUAGACAGCAUUGAAAAUUUGUUUCACAGCUUUGACUAGUUCCUUUUACAGUUAUUUGUGAUUUCGCAUGAUUUUUUUUUAUUAAUGUAGAUAUUUGUAUAUUAUGCCCUUCAAGUUGAAUCAAUAAUUAAAUAAUUGAUAAAAUUGCAUUAGCCAACGUUAAGUACAAUUUCAAAAUUUCAACGAUUAUUUUAAGUCAAAAUUAAGAGCGAGAGAUAAGAAAAAAAUUAAGAAAACAAAAACUUUAUUGUCAUACAAAAUACAAAAAAAGAAAAUAAUACAGAUUCAGUUGGAGAAUAUGUCAGUGACUGCUUUUAAUUCAGACAACACUGUAAUCAGGGGCAUUGCCAUAACGAAUUGCUUGUGUUACAUUACUUAUGGUGCGGUUAGUCAAAUGAGUGAAGCGGUAAUGGUAGACAGCUGGAAAACUGGCUAUUGAGUGUAAUUGCGGCGAAAAAGCGAAAUCAGCUGUUGAUUAUUUGACUUUUAAAAAGAGUUAGUAAAUAUAAAUUGAGUGCAUUCGAAGUGUUAUAUUUUAUUUAUUUCUAAUUAUUUGGUACAAAUUAUUCUGAGAAUAUAUUUUUUAAUUUUAUAUUUCAUUUAAAAAAACGUCAAUUGGCAACUUCAGUUGAUUAAUUUCGUUUGCACUCACGACUAACCACCUGACGACAAAAUCUAUACCGAAAGCUGUCAAAUUUUGUAUGACGCAAUAAAGUUUUUAUCCUUGAAUGUAAUUGAAAUUCAUAGCAUAGCCGAACAGUGUCACUAAUUGAAAGAAAUUAAACAAAAAUGUUUUAUUAAAUUUUAAAUCAAGAAUACAGUCGAUGACAAAUCCCACAGUAACAAUACUGAAAUCUGUAUACCGAAAGCUUUUCGAUUGCUCGUGGCACUUUGAAGGCUGAACGCUUUUUUGUUUGUUCUUUGCUGCCUCUAUAAAGUUUUAGGCAUAUAUGUGAGCCUAUAUAAUAAAUAAUUACAUAUACAUAUAUGUACUUGUUUGAACUUCGUUCGACCUAUAGGGAAAUUCAAUAUUCGAGGAACUUGUCUACCACAAAAAUGAAAUCUCAUAAAGUCUUAAAUGUUAUUUGUUACUGCAUUCUAGUUAAUAUGCAUAUAAUUUAUCAAAAAUUUAUAAAAAUAUUGAUAUAAACUGGAUUACUUAACAAUUACAUAUGGGUGUGGUCAAUUACUUUCAUUUCAAUGCCUUGAGUUUCAGAAACAUAAAUUUUUCUGAAAUGGUACACUGUAAAUUGUUUGAAAAAAAAAGAAAACAAAAAAGUUGUUAAUUUGUAUUAAAUGCAUGUAAUAUGUGUAAUAAAAAUUUUGAAUUCGAAAAUUAAUUUCAAAACUUUCUCGAGAAAAACUUCAAAAAUCAGCACACAAACUCAAAGCUACUACAUAGAAACUUGUCUUAAAAGUAACUUGUACUCAGUAGAGUAAAUAAUUAAGGGAAUUGUUCAGAACUCCAAAUACAUAUUAAGUAGAGAUGCAACAAAAAUAAAACAUAUGUAUAUUCCCCACUAAGCUUUAGUACAAUUUUACGUGAUUUACGCUUAAUCCUUUAAUAGAACGCUGGUAAAUGUUAGAUGAGCAUUUCGUAAAUGUUGCACUAAACUUUUUUCAAUGAUUUUAAAAUAUGCAUGUUAGUAGUGGUAACUACAUACGAAAUACAUAUUUAAGAGUUAACAGCUUAUAAUGAUUCUAAAUGCAGCUGCUUCAGCUGUUGAUUUUUCGAAAAAGUAAAAAAAAGCAAAUUCUAAAAGCUUUAGCUCAUUCUUCUGCUGUCAUAUUUGUUGAUCUUUUCAAGCAAAUGCAAGUAAUUUUCGUAAAAGAAAUUCUAAAAAUAAAUUUUAAUUUAAAUUGCAGUAAAACAACUGGAAAAUAGUUCAAAAAAAUUUUCAAAAACAAACGAAAAAAUUCGAUAUAAAAUUAAACAAAAAACAUGUUGUAAAGGGAAUAAAUAUUUAGUAGCAGCAGUGAAGAACAAAAAUAAAUUAAUAAUUACAUACAUACAAACAUAAUACAAAUCAACCAAAUUCCAUGGUAGACAAAAAGUAAUUCCGCAAAACAAAAGCAAAAAACGAAAAUUGUAGUAAUUGAAAUUGGGAACGAAAGAGGCAUAUUUCAAUGUGUAUAAAAAUUUAAUGAAAUACAAUACAUGCCCUGUGUAUGGAAAUACAUACGUACACAUAUUAAUAUGAAUAUUAUAUAAACGAUAAUAAUAUUAAUUAAUUUAAUGAUUAAUUGCACCCAAAUACAUAAAUAUUUAAAUAAAUAAUUAAAACUACAAAAAAAGAAAA